AUGACGGCGGCGGCGACGAACGGCCGGUUCUUCACAAUCGCGAUCGUGGCGUCAUGGUACUCGUCAAACAUCGGAGUCCUACUCCUAAACAAGUACCUCCUCAGCAACUACGGAUUCAAAUACCCAAUCUUCCUCACCAUGUGCCACAUGACCGCCUGCUCCCUCCUCAGCUACGUCGCCAUCGCUUGGCUCAAGAUGGUCCCUAUGCAGACCAUCCGAUCCAAAGUCCAGUUCUUUAAGAUCUCCGCGCUGAGCCUCGUCUUCUGCGUGUCGGUGGUGUUUGGGAACAUCUCGCUGAGGUUCCUCCCCGUUUCGUUUAACCAGGCGAUUGGCGCCACGACGCCGUUUUUCACGGCGGUUUUUGCGUAUUUGAUGACGCUUAAGAGGGAGGCUUGGUUGACUUAUUUUACUCUCUUGCCUGUUGUUACUGGUGUUGUGAUUGCUAGUGGGAGUGAACCAAGCUUUCAUCUUUUUGGAUUCCUUAUGUGCAUUGCAGCCACAGCUUCGAGAGCACUUAAAUCAGUGCUUCAAGGAAUUUUGCUUUCCUCUGAAGGGGAGAAGCUGAACUCCAUGAAUCUCCUCCUCUACAUGGCUCCAAUAGCUGUCGUGUUACUUCUGCCUGCUACUCUUAUCAUGGAGAGAAAUGUUGUAGGCAUUACAAUUGCACUUGCAAGAGAUGAUUUCAGAAUCGUUUGGUAUCUGCUAUUCAAUUCAGCGCUUGCCUAUUUCGUAAACUUGACAAAUUUCUUGGUCACGAAACACACUAGCGCCCUGACUCUGCAGGUGCUAGGAAACGCCAAAGGAGCAGUAGCAGUGGUAGUCUCUAUUCUAAUAUUCAAGAACCCUGUUUCAGUGACCGGAAUGCUCGGUUACUCCCUUACUGUCUGUGGAGUUAUCCUCUACAGCGAAGCCAAGAAACGGAGCAAAUGAGAACACCAAACACACCCCGAAGAUUCAUAUUCUUCAUCCUUACAUAUAUAUAUGUUUUUAUAAUUUUUAUCAACACACAGGCAAGUAGUCUCUUUUGCUGUUACAAAAAUCUUUUACACAGCACAUCCCUAGUCUUGUCUUAAUGGAAAGCUGGGCCAAAAGCAUGGGAAUUUCAAGCAGAAACAAGAGAAGCAAAAGCAACACAAGGCAUGAUUUACUAGUUGUUUUGCUCUAAGAGUAACGUUGAAUUAGCUUUUGUUUCUUUGAUUUUUUUGACAUUUUAGUUUCGUGAUGUCAACAUUUAUAACAACACCGAGUAAUUAUUCAUAAGAGAGAAAGUUCCCCUUC